AUGCACCAGAUGAGAGUUGGAGAGUCUCCCAAGAGUGAGAUGAUCACGGGAGGGAUGUUGAGCUUCUCCACGAAGCUAUCGUAUAUAGCUACCAUUGAACUCUGUUCCUUUACAGAUAUAGAAGAUGUAAAUGAGUGUGGUGGUCAUGGUUGGCUGAAGCACCAAAGAGACCAAGAACUCCCUAGUGGGAACCUCAAAUGCCAUUUCUAUGAUGCCAAAGAGCUUGGAUAG